AUGGAUCGCACUACAUUCCCGGAGAAUGGCAACAUGCCACGGCCCAGGCCCGUUGUACAGCCUUUCGCCGGUAGAAUCGGCGGCAACCAAGGGCUUGUAGUUGAUCGCACUGACCCCGACAAUGCGGAUCUCUUGAAGAAGGUGCCUGAUGCGGCACCGCUGAUGACGUUUCGUGAGGGAUUCGACCUGCGCGGAUUUUGGGACAUUGACCUCUGGAAGUUCGGCUUUAUCGAAUGCAUGGGUACCAUGAUGAUGGUGUUCGUGACUUCUUGGAUCGCAGUACGACCAGCUUCGGCUGCGACAAACGUCAGUGCUACUUCAUCAUCCGGCGUAUUCUCAACCUCAACAUUUCUGGGACCACUGUUCGGAGGGAUUAGCAACUGGCUAUUCCUGACUCUGUUCAUCUUCUCCUUUUCAAAUGUCAGUGGUAGUCACCUCAACCCGACCAUUACGCUGGCUACCUUCUUCGCACGUUUGAUAUCACUCCCUCGAAUGGUCAUUUACCUUCUAGGUCAAACCCUUGGCGGUACCUUGGCUGGGCUUAUUCUUCGAAGCGCGUAUGGGUCCAGGGACUUCACGGUAGGAGGUUGCGCAGUGAAUACCCGCUUGGUGCCUGUAGAUGAGGCAUUCCUCCUGGAAUUUAUCUUCUGCCUGGUCCUGAUUUUCCUCUCAUUCGGAGUUGGUCUGGACCCAAGACAGAGUUCUAUCUAUGGAGCUGCGUUGUCUCCCUUUUUAGUAGGGAUGACUCUAGGCGUUGUGAGCUGGGGCUCCUCUUUCACUCGUGCGGGCUACGCUGGAGCUUGUCAGUAUAUCCUAGACACAUUACGAUCUGGUGAAGUUGGGAGGACGUGGUUGCUAAAUGAUAUGCUAACACAUUAUCCACAUGACAGCAUUAAGUCCGGCCCGAUGCUUUGGCGUCUAUGUAGCUACCAGCUUUCCGGGAUACCAUUGGAUUCAAUGGGUCGGUCCUCUCGCUGCCUCCAUAGGGCAUGGUAUUGUCUACUUUGUCGCACCUCCUUGGGGGCAUUGAAGGUCGCGUAUAACGCUGCUGUGGCGGAGUGUUGA